AAAUUUCCCAUCACAACAACAACAACAACACUGGAUGAGUAAGACUCAAAGCCACUCAAUCACAUUGAAGAGUUUAAUCGUUCCCAAAUUGCUUCCAUUCUCGUUCAUUCCACACCAAUCAACAUCGUACUUUAAGCAUUAUGAACUUUCGAGGACCCCGUCCAAAGUAUGGUGGAGGAAUGGAACGACCUCCAUUUGCAAAUCAAGGGGGGUGGAAUCCGAAUUUUAAUAGUUUUGAGGAGCCCCCAUUUGGUGGGGGAGAAUGGCCACGUCCCAGGUUUUCCGGACCCAGAAUGCCACAAUGGAGAGGUCCAAGCUUUUCAAGGCUUCCUCAACCAGGGCCAACGCAGCCCGGCAUUGGCGAGCAAAUGCCCGGUAACUUUGUGAUUACCCCACCAGAUGUUUUGAGAUGGCUGGAUCAUCAGCAUCCAGAUACGUUGAUGCGAAUAUAUCAUCACAUUCAGUGGUUGUUAGACCAAUGUGGUAUCCCUCCCCCUGGGAACCGGCCAAUUAAGCCUGAGGAAGACACUGAAACGUGGUAUGAAGAAGACAAAGAGCUUCCAGAGCCACAUUCGGAAGUGUUGCCUAAUAAACUUCCAUUAGACUUUGCAAAUUCCGGGUCUUCUGUCCCACCAGGGGGAGCUAAGAGGCCAGGAUUGGGAUUGCGGACCCCAAACCAACCGGCUGGUCCACGUCCUUCGUCCUCGGGUCCUUUGCAAUGGACUCCAGGAGGAUGGAUGCCCAAAGAUAAUUCGCAUAAGAUUACCACAACCAUGAAACCCUUACCCGAACCAGAAGUCAUCCCGCCCAACGGUUCGUCCUAUCCAGAUGCACAAGAAGAUAGAAAAAAGUUAAGCAUGUUGAAGAGUAACAUGAAUAUGAUGCAAAUGGAGCUGAGCAAGACUUGUCGCAAGUUCAGGAUUUCAAACCUCAAUCAAGACGAUCUCUCUGGAUACCCUGAAGCCCAGCAAGAAAGACUCCAAGCCGUGAUCAAAUGCGUGAAAGCGGCGGAGAAAACAUUACUAGAUUUCAAAGACUUUCUUAAAACUGACAAGUACAAAGAGUGGAAUGAUUCUCAGACUGAAGAGCAUGAGAAGAGGAUUAAAGCCAUGAUUGGUGAAACUCCUCAAGGUGUCCCUCACAAGAGACCGAGCGGUCCAAAUCAGGAAGAUGUCGAAGAGAAGAAAUCGAAAGUUGCCGAAGACAAUGAGACCUUAGGAGACUCUGAUUCGGAUUUGAAGUCAAAUUCUGCGAAAUCGUCCAAAUCGCCUAUGAAAUUUCAACCAGGAGGAACUUUGUCAAUCAGUAAAUGAUGAUCUUUGUGAUAACUAUUGUAUUUAUUGAAAAUACACUGAAUGGAGAGUGAAUUCUU